UGAAAAAUUGUUAAAAAAAAGAUUUCUAUCAGAUUUUUGAGUAAAUUUAUGAGUCAUAAGACAAUUAACCAUUCAUGACUUAGGGGAUUUUAUUUAGAAGAAUAAAAAAAGGAAUAGCCGGAUUGAGUUCAUGGAUUCAACUUAACCUAGGUAUCCAUAGAGCAAUAAAUGAUUUUUAUAUCCGAAACGCAUUAGAAAAGAAGGGAAAUCUACGAGAAAAAAAAUCAUUAUAUUAUAUAAAUGAGAAAAGCCUCCAAGGUCCCAUCCCCAAAAUGCUAGGAGGUGUUCGGAAAUGGUUGAAGUAGUUGAAUAGGAGGAUCACUAUGACUAUAGCUCUUGGUAAAUUUACCAAAGAUGAAAAUGAUUUAUUUGAUAUUAUGGAUGACUGGUUACGGAGGGACCGUUUCGUUUUUGUGGGUUGGUCCGGUCUGUUGCUCUUUCCUUGCGCCUAUUUCGCUUUGGGGGGUUGGUUCACAGGUACAACCUUUGUAACUUCAUGGUAUACUCAUGGAUUGGCAAGUUCCUAUUUGGAAGGCUGUAACUUCUUAACCGCUGCAGUCUCUACUCCUGCUAAUAGUUUAGCACACUCUUUGUUGUUACUAUGGGGUCCUGAAGCACAAGGAGAUUUUACCCGUUGGUGUCAAUUAGGUGGUCUGUGGACUUUUGUUGCUCUCCACGGCGCUUUCGCAUUAAUAGGUUUCAUGUUACGUCAAUUUGAACUUGCUCGAUCUGUUCAAUUGCGCCCUUAUAAUGCAAUCGCAUUCUCUGGUCCAAUUGCUGUUUUUGUUUCCGUAUUCCUGAUUUAUCCACUGGGUCAGUCUGGUUGGUUCUUUGCACCCAGUUUUGGUGUAGCAGCUAUAUUUCGAUUCAUCCUAUUUUUCCAAGGGUUUCAUAAUUGGACAUUAAACCCAUUUCAUAUGAUGGGAGUUGCUGGUGUAUUGGGAGAUCUCAUAUAUAUAUUUCAUAUAUUUUCCAUUUUUCGACUUUCUUUCAAAUUACGCCUAACGGAGUAUCAAACCUAG